AUGGAUAUGUUUUUUAUAUUAAAAAUUAAUGGUAAUAAUGGUCCACCUUUAGGUCCUUCAGGUAAUGGUAAUAGAGAUCCUUCUGGUCCUCCAGGUAGUCAAGGUCCUCCUGGUCCUCAUAAUCCCAAUUCUCAUUUAGGUCAAGAUUCUUCUAAUGAUAGAGAUUCUUCUAAUAAUAGAAGAGAUUCUAAUAAUAGAAGACCUAAUAGAGAUAGAGAACCUUUUAACCCUAAUAGAGACCGUUUUAACCCAAAUAGAAAUCCUUUUGAUUCAUAUAAUAACAGAGAUUCUUUUGACUCUUAUAAUAACGGAUAUCCUUAUAAUAACGGAUCUCAUUAUGACCCUAAUAAUUACAAUAAUUCUAGUAAUCAAGUAAUACCUGGUCCUUCAAAUAGUCAUUCUGGUCCUUCAUAUAGUCAUUCUGGUCCUUCAAAUAGUGGAGUAGUUAAUUGUUCUUCAAAUAGUGGAGUAGUAACUCAAAGUGAUUCAUUCGAAAGAAAAGUUGGUUUAUUUGACUCAUUAGGUAUAAAAAAAUAUGAUACAGAAAGUACUGUAAAAAAUAAAAUAAAAAAAGAUAAAGAAAGAGUUAGAUUGGAUCAAUUAAAAAUAGAUGAUCCCGCAGCUUAUAAACGUUUAAUGGAAAGAAGAAGUUUUGCUAAUCGGCAAGGAUCUCCAGGAACACAAUGAGGAAAAGAAUUAGAAAAGGCAAAAAGAAAUGAAACAAGAAUGAGUAAAAUGAGAAGUAGAAGUCUAGAUUUA